AUGACUGCUAGUACAAAACACUUGCUAAAAAGCUACUGCAGAUACGUGUAUUACGCAGGAGCUGGCAAUUUUUGGUACGAGAAUAUUUACCCGGAAACAGGCUGUUAUAAAAUUUACAGCGUCAUUUCAUUCUCUAUAUACUUCGUUAUGAUACUCCUCGAGAACCUCGCGUUUCUAUUCGGCGAUUUUCCUGAAGUGGAAAAGAAGUCAUCCAUGAUGUUCGCGGCUAUUCACGAUAUUAUCCUUAUCAAAACGUUUCUUCUCCUUUACCAUAAGAGCUCUAUAAGGCAACUCAACUAUGAAAUGGCAACUGUCAUGCAAGCUUUUGAAGAGGACAAGUUUAUGAAGAAGCAGCAAAUGAAAGUAAAGUGGGGAAUUACCUUUUAUGUCAUUACAGUGUACCUAUCUUUGAGUGCCUAUGGCGUCGAGAGUUUGAGGAAGUCAGUUGUUGAAGGGACACCUUUCUACACUGUGGUCACAUACUUUCCUCAUUAUCAAGAUGAGUCCAUCAUUGCAAGUAUUUUACGUGUAUUUUUCUACAUGACCUGGCUGUACAUGAUGCUGCCUAUGAUCUCAGUUGAUUGUAUGCCUAUAAUACAUCUCAUUACCAUAGCGUAUAAGUUCAUUACGUUAUGUCAACACUUCGAGAGGAUUAGACGAGAUUUCGAUAAGAACGCGUUAGUCAUGAGGAAUGAAGCUGCUACUAAAUUAUUGAAAGCAGGCUGUUUAAAAGGAAUUCGGAUGCAUCAAAAGUUAAUGUUCCUUGCAGAUGAAAUACAUCGCGUAUUUGGCAUCACAAUGUCGUUACAAGUUUGCGAAAGUUCGGCCGUGGCAGUUUUGCUUUUGCUACGCUUAGCGCUUUCUCCUCAUCUGAACUUGACAAACGCGUUCAUGACGUAUACGUUUGUUGGAUCCUUGUUCUUUCUAUUGGCACUAAAUCUUUGGAAUGCGGGAGAGAUUACUUAUCAGGCAUCACUGUUGGCUAACUCAAUGUUUUACUGCGGCUGGCAUCUAUGCAAGAUGGACCAGCAACCUCACAAUGACAUAAGACGUUUGGUUCUCAUUGGAUGUACGCAAGCUCAGAAGCCGCUCAUACUCAAGGCGUUUGGUAUUCAGGAUCUCUCGUAUAACACUUUUGUAUCGGUAGCAAGAAUGACGUAUUCGAUUUUCGCUGUAUUUUAUCAGCGCCGAGAGUGAAGAUGAAAAUAUGGCGUCUAUUCUUAACGGACAAAAUAUUAGUAUAAACUU